AUGUUUGAAGCUCGGCUGCCCCAAGCUGAUGUUUGGAAGAAAGUUAUUGAUGCUAUUAAAGAAUUAGUCCAAGAGGCAACAAUUGAUUGCUCUGAUACUGGCGUCAGUCUCCAGGCAAUGGACAGUGCUCAUGUCAGUCUUGUUUCACUCUUGCUUCGUAGCGACGGAUUCGAAACGUUCAGAUGUGACCGCAAUAUGUCUCUUGGCCUCAACAUCUCAAGUGCUGCAAAAAUUCUCAGAUGCGCCGGAUCAAGCGAUUCAAUUACUUUGAAAGCUGGUGAUAAGGCAGAUACAAUCACGUUCCACUUUGAGUCAAAUAAUCGAGAAAAGGUUUCGGAAUUCGAGUUGAAACUUAUGGAUUUGGAUGUUGAUCAUCUUGGUAUUCCAGAAACAGAUUACAAAUGCGUUAUCAAAAUGCCAGCAUCAGAACUACAAAGGAUUUGCCGCGAUCUCGGACAAAUCGGAGAUUCCGUUGUGAUCAGUGUUUCUAAGGAUGGUGUCGGUUUCAGUUCGAACGGUGAUCUCGGAUCUGGGAAGAUUAAGCUCUCUCAAACUGCUAAUGCUGAUAAACCAGAAGAAGCUGUUACAAUAGAAAUGAGUGAACCAGUUAGCAUGACUUACUCAUUGCAUUACUUUAACAUCUUCACCAAGGCCGCUCCUUUGGCUAGUCAAGUUAUUUUGUCUCUUACUGCCGAUGUCCCUGCUGUUGUCGAAUUUCCAAUUGAAGAUCUUGGUUACGUUCGUUAUUAUCUCGCACCCAAAAUCGAGGAUGAUGAUUCAUAA